AUGUCUCGAUUUUCACCACUAGAUUUUCGUCUGAUGGCUAUGUCUCAGUUUCAGAUCUUAGCAUCUCUGUGUCAAACAGCGACAUGGACUAUUAGUAAUGAUCUCAAUCAAUUUCUAGCACAACAAAUGGUUACCAGUCAAGCUGUGUCACGUGAAGUAUUCGAGGCUCAAGUUGUAGCACUGAUCGAACAAAUGCAAACGACAACAGUAGCAAAUAUGCAAUACAUCGAUCAGCUGGUGUCCCAGAUUAUUGCCGGCAGUCAAAUUAUGUCAGCUUUGAAUAACAAUCGUUACCUCAUCCAGAAUCCGUUAUUGUCGAGUUUCAGCAUUAAACACGGAGCCUAUUUAGUUGGAAAUUAUGCUAUCAGCAACGUCUCCAAUCCAAGUUAUAUCUAUUGCGAUUGUACGUUCAUGACAAACUGUACUUAUCAAGCGGGUUACUACAACUAUUCCAUUCGUCCUCCACAGGGUGAGACCACUUUAUAUAAGCCCUCGCCACCACCUAUAUUUAUCGUGCCUGGUAUGCUAGUUGGAUGCAUGCCUCAUGAUUCAAUACUUCAGUCAACACUGGAAUGUUUUUAUAAUCGUUCAUGUCUCAAUCUCAUUGGUAUCUCGCAAACAACCACCCCACUCAAUGCGACUGCUCCAUCUCGCUUUCGAGUCAACACAACCGUCAAUGCUAUGUUUGAGCAGCUUUUCGUUGAAACGUGGCAAAAUUCGAGUAAUUUCACUAGUUACUACAAUGCAUGCCAUCCAAAAACAUGUUCCUACACCUAUACACAACGUGGUAAUUUUCUUUAUGCAAUGACGAUGCUGCUUAGUCUCAUCGGAGGUCUCACAACAAUACUCGGUAUUCUGGUUCCUCUUCUCGUACAAUUCUUUCGUCGUCUACUAGUUAAAUGCCGAGGUGAUAUAAUUCCUACAAUAGAAAAUGAUGCUGCAGGUAAGAGACUUUUUUAUUUUUCCUGUUUUGAUUCAUUCUCACGGAAUGAUACUGAAGAAUUGUCUGAUUUAUUCUAUUUCUAA